AUUGUUAAAACUCGAAAAAAAAAAAAAGAAUAAAGAAAAGAAAAUAAGAAAAAGCAAAAGGAGGAAGACGGCUGGCGUCUCAUCACAAACCCAGUUCGUCACGUCACCGCCGUUGGCAUACGACGGGGAACUAAUUAGCAAUCACGUCUCUUAUUAAAACUCUACGUGGGUUUCUUCUAAUUUACGAAGUUUCUGCACAUUCCCAUCUCUUUCCUUCAUCUUUUUAAAUCUUUUUCUGGGCGAGUUCUGUAUCAUUUCUACUUCAUUCUCAAGCAGAACUCCUUAAACUAUCCUUCUUUACCUUGAGUUGCAGGAUAAAAUCGAGUUUUUUUUUUUUUUUGCUCAUAACCCCGUUUGGGUUUCUUUAAAUUUGUGAGGUUCGAUUGCAUUGAAACUACUAAUUCAAUAGGAGGCUGAUUUUGGACUGGUUGAAUCGUGGGUCAGUUUCACAAUCUCAAAAUUCAUCUACCCUUAAACGGGUCAAUCCCGGUAACAUGGUUUCCAUAUCGGGUUCGGUAUUCUUCCCAUUAACAGUACCCAAUUGUUCCUCUCGAUCGCGUAAAGUUGCUGUUCUUGAUGCGCAUAAUUCGUUUUGUUGUAAGAUAAAGGACCAGAGAAGGAUUGUUGCUUGUAAUUGCAUUGCGCCUCCUCCGUACUUCAAGAGUGAUGAGUCAUCUGCCGUAAAUUCGAAUGACUCGUUUAGAUCAGAACAUUUGAGCUCAGAAAAUGAGGACAAGGAUGAGUCUGAUGUUCUCAUCGAGUGUAGAAAUGUCCACAAAUCCUUUGGAGAAAAACAUAUAUUGAGAGGUGUGAGCUUCAAGAUUAGACAUGGAGAAGCUGUGGGAGUAAUUGGGCCUUCUGGUACUGGGAAGUCUACAAUACUGAAGAUCAUCGCAGGUCUUCUUUCUCCAGACAAGGGAGAGGUGUAUAUUCGAGGUAGAAAGCGAAUUGGUUUGAUCGAUGAUGAAGAGCUAUCUGGUCUUCGAAUUGGAUUGGUUUUUCAGAGUGCGGCACUUUUUGAUUCAUUAACUGUUCGACAAAAUGUUGGUUUCCUUUUGUAUGAAAAUUCAAGCUUGUCUGAAGAUCAAAUUUCAGAAUUGGUAACUGAGAACUUAGCUGCUGUUGGGCUAAAGGGAGUUGAGGAUCGUUUACCUUCUGAAUUAUCAGGUGGAAUGAAGAAACGAGUUGCUUUAGCUAGGUCCAUAAUUUUUGAUAACACAAGGAAAGAAAUUGAGCCAGAGGUGCUCUUGUACGAUGAACCUACUGCUGGACUUGACCCAAUUGCAUCAACUGUUGUUGAAGAUCUUAUACGUUCUGUACAUAUUAAGGGUGAGGAUGCUAGUGGGAAGCCUGGAAAGAUUGCAUCUUAUAUUGUAGUCACGCACCAGCACAGUACCAUUAGGAGAGCUGUUGACAGGUUAUUAUUUUUAUACGAGGGAAGGGUUGUCUGGCAAGGAAUGACCGGUGAAUUUACAACGUCUACAAAUCCAAUCGUUCAACAGUUUGCAUCGGGAAGCUUGGAUGGUCCGAUUAGGUACUAGUGGAUUCAGUAACGAUGUACUUUUAGAUUAGAUGUAGCAGCGUUCCUACUUUGGAGACAACAGACUUUAGUUAUGGAGAAGACAGAAAAGUUAACAUGGACCAAUUCUUACACAUUGCUGAGAAAGAGAACAAGCAUUAAAGCUCAUUUCUGUAAUUCUGUUUCCUUUGUUAGAAAUGUGUUCUUCGUUUGUAUUUCCAUUGUUUCUGUAGUAUUAGGCAAAUGUAGAAGCUAUGUGGGGAUUAUUUUUAGUUUUCCUCGAAAGCAAGCAGAGAAUCUCAGAACUAAAAUCUUGCUUUUCCUCCAUUGAUGAUAGCUUUUUCCUCUUUCUAUUAUUCCUCAGCAAGAAAGGAAAUUAUUUUGAAACACAAAACUGUCAAAAGUAUUUAUAAAUAUUAUCUAAAUUUCACAGCCUA